GGAUUUUUAUUCUUCUUCUUAAUCAUUUUUAAUGAUACAGAUUUACUAUAAGCUUUUUUAAAUAAAGAACAACAUAUCCCUCAUAUAACUGAAAAAAAUGUGAAAAAAAAUAUAGAACCGAUUAUUCGCUUCAAUUGUCUUGCCUGAUUAUUCGGUAACAAUUAAUAAAAAGAUUUCUGUGAUAGACACGUCAGACACAAUACUAAAUAAAAUUAAUCCAACGUGUCAUCAGGUUUAGUUCGAUGAAUUAGAAAAUGUAAGAAAAAGAAAAAAAAAAAAAUUCAGAAAAACGUAAACGUAAUUUCUUUUUUCUUACGAAAUAUUUUGCAAAAAAUUAAAAAAAUACUUUUCUCUAUUUUCGAUUUUUUUUUCUUUCUAUUUUUUGAUUUUAGAACUAUCAUUUUGAUUGAAUCGCUAAACUUACUGCGAUCGUAAAAAAGAAAUGAAAGAGAAAGGAAGAAGUGUUUUGAGGAGCAAUCAUUUUUGAUUUCACAUUGAUUGAAAUUUUUUACAUUUUAUUUCACUUGUUUUUUCUUGUUUUGUUAUUAUACCUUUUCGUUUAAGUUUAUAAUUAUUAUAUUACAUCGACUGUUCUUGAAGUAUGAUAUUUGAUCGUAAAGAUAAUUAAUUGAUUCGAUGAAUAAAACUUCUAUCGUCUAAAUUUAAUUUUCAUUAAAUACUCGCACGUAAAUAUAAUGAAAAAGAAAAAAAUAAGAAGGUAUAAAUUGUAUAGAAAAAAUUUUAACAGAUAAUAAUUAACAAUAAUAUCGUGACAAUUUCAUUAUUCAAAUAACAAUACCUUUCUUAUACUUUGUCCUUUGUAAGCGUUCGUUAUUUGUUUCAUUUGUUGCUUUAUCGGUGCUGUUACGUAGCGACUGUUGACUUUAUCCAGGUUGCGGAAUUAUAAAGAAUUUGUUUUGACAAACGAAUCACGAGUUCUGUUAUGUCAGCGAACGACAGCUGAUCGAACUUGAUAAGAUUCCUAGAAUGCUCCUGGACAUCGCAAAAUGUGUAUUCCUGAUUCAGUUGGUGUAUGCGACGAACGGAUCGGUGAUCAUUAAUUCACCAUGCCCGAGAUUUUUUCGUUACGUUCGGAGCAAUAUUAUCGAGACAAUGGGACAAGUCAAGAUACCAUCGCCACCGAAAAAUGUUCCAUUACAUUUGAAAAUAAAAUUAACCGUGGCAGCAUUGUUACCCACUAAAUACAGUGGUCAAUUGAAAUUGGCGCAAUCGCUAGAAGAAUCGGUGAGAGCGAUUCAAGAGAAUAGAUCGUUGUAUUAUUUAGUUUAUUUUCCUAUACGCCGACCAAUACCGAUAUUAACAGGCAUAUGGUUGAACAAUCAAGAAUAUUGUAGUGCUCCACCGGCAUUAGGAAUUAUUGUGACGUCAAUUUUUUUGGAACAUAUAUUGUUACCACCUAGAAUAUUAUUGAUAUCUAAAAAUGAAGGAAACAAGGAUAAUAUGGUGCCGAGUUUCGAAGCUUUUUUAUUGUCCAAUCCAUGUCGAUUUUCGUUGACUUUACCAUUGGAAAAAGAACAAUCAGCAACGGACUUGCAAUUUCCCUCCAACAAUGAUACUACUUUUGACAUUUCUGAUGGAUCGAUUAAUACUUGUUGUCAACGCAUUAGUAAUGGUAAUAAUACUCUUGUUACAUCUAAGAAUGUGAAGACAUCUACGGAUCAAUGGCCUUGGAUGGCUAUUAUUCUUGUUAUGAGAAAUAAAUUAGAUUUGCAGUGUGUCGGUAGUUUGAUUACAAACAAGCAUGUCAUCACAGUUGCGCACUGCAUAAAAAUGUACAAUGUGACUGUACCAAUACAUACUAUGCUCGUUUCUUUGGGACGUUAUCAUAUAAGAGAUUGGAAUGAAAUAGAGUCAGUCAAUCGAGAAGUAGAAGAAUACAGAUUACAUCCAGAUUUUAAAGAUGAUUUUAAAAAUCCAACGGCUGAUGGAGAUCUCGCUAUUAUCAUACUAAAAGAUUCAGUUAAUUUUUCUCCAUUUAUCAGACCAGUUUGCCUUUGGUCUGGGUCCGAUGAUUUGGAAGAUGUAAUCGGUUCCACAGGAUAUGCUGUUGUUUGGGGUCAUGAGGAUUUGAUUAAUCCUUACUUGGAUAAACCUCGAUUGAUCAGAAUGACGAUAAUGUCUCAGGAAGAUUGUCUUCGGAGCAAUUCAGUCUUCGUAUCUCUCACAUCAAAUCGUACUUUUUGUGCUAGUUCUAAAGACGGUAAUGGACCGUGUAACGGUGAUAGUGGAAGUGGAUUGCUAAUACGUAAGAAUGAUGGAUCUUAUUUCUUACGUGGAAUUGUGUCACGGUCCAUCCGAGAUGAAAUUAAGAUGUCUUGUGAUUUUACGCAAUAUGUUGUCUAUGUUGACAUAGCAAAAUAUCUAGAUUGGAUACGCUUGCAUAUCACUGCUUAAACUUGAUAGAAAUUAUUAUGAUAAAGAUGAACAAUGAUAAUUCAUCAGUAUUUGUAUAACUUAUGUGAUUUGUAUCAAAGAAUCAUCAAAGAAAAGUUAUUUUUUCAUUGCAUGUGAUUAGUAUUGGUGUAAUAUAUUGAUUUUAACGUACUUCUUUCAUUCUUAAUAAUUGUACAGUGGAAUCAUGGAUUCAUGCAAAGCCGUUACUUUAAAAAUGACUGAAAAUUCUAUAAAAGAUAGAAUCAUCAUUAACUCAUAAAUUUAAUAGUUUAAGAAAAUUGAAAAAAAAUCAAAUUAAUUAAUAAUAUUAGAAAAGCAUUCAAGACAUAAGAAGUUACAUAGAUUACGUCAAAAUUCAAAAAAUUCAUAAAUCAAAAAGAACUAAAAGAUGUAAUAACUGAAAUAUAAUAACUGAAGAUAAUGAUAUCUUUGGAAAAGAGUAUCUCAGAUAAAACUAAAUUACCACUUGUAAAUAAUUUGAUGUAUUUGGAUGCAAACAUAAAUAUUUUACAUUACAAAAGUAUAAAUAAAUGAAUAUACAAAAAGUUAAGAAUACGAUAUAUAAUGAUAAAUAUAUUAAUAGUUUUAUAACUACAUAUUAUCAGAAAAUUAUAAUAAAGUAAAAGAAAAUUUCAUUCGCUGAUCUAGUUUUGUAUCGAAUGCACGAAGAGAAUAAAAGAAAAGAAUUAAGUAGUUUUUAGAUUGGUAAAUAUUCUAUGCAUUACUUUAAAUCAUUGAGCUAAUCUAAAGUAUACGAUCAAAUUUUACCUAUAACAUAAUAUUAAAUUAUUUUUAGAUUUGUAGAAUGCUGAUGUUAUUGUGAUAACAGUAUUGUAAUUAAGAACAGUAUUAUAAUGAGUCAAGAACAAAAUCGAUAGUA